AUGUCUUCAAUAAUUAUUAGAUUUAGAUCCAAGGAUGGGAUGUUUCGUGUAAACACAGAUAUCAGUUCCAAUUUUACUUUUGUCUUGGAGGAAUUGGUUGGUAAAUUGCCAAAGGAAAUCAAUUUGCAAACAUUAUAUGUUGCUGAUAAACCAAAUGAUAAAGGUAGAUCAGCCAACGAAUUUGCCGACCAAACAGUUAGUCAAUUAGGAUUAAAGAAUGGUGACAUGUUGUAUGUUAAUUAUGAAUCUGCAACACAACCAGUUACAUCUACAUCUACACCUACAUCAACAACAGCAACAACAACAGCAAAUACAGGCACUGUAAACAUUACAAACACAUCCGCAAAAAAUGUAUCAGUUCCAAUUCAUUCAGUUACAACACAUGGACCGUUGAAAGUUGAUGAAUUACCAAUUGAUCAAGUAUUAGAUAAAGAUGAAGGAUUGAUUCCACGCCCAUUAUCAUCGAUGUGUAGACAUGGAGCUAAGGGGAUGUGUGAAUAUUGUUCUCCAUUGCCACCAUGGGAUGAAAACUAUCGUAAAGAACAUGCAAUUAAACAUAUUUCAUUCCAUGCAUACUUGAAACAACAAAUGGAGAAGUUGAAAUCCGGAGGAUCAUAUUUCCCACCAUUGGAUACCCCUAAUUAUUCAAUCGAUUUGACUUGUAAUGAAGGUCAUAAACCAUAUCCAAAAGGUAUUUGUUCCAAAUGUCAACCACCUCCAAUUACAUUACAAAUGCAAAAAUUUCGUAUGGUUGAUCAUGUUGAAUUUGCUGAUUCUUCCAUAUUAAAUGAUUUUAUUAAUAUUUGGAGACUUAGCGGAGUACAAAGAUUUGGCUAUUUAUAUGGUCAUUAUGAAAAGAGCGAGAAACUGCCAUUAGGUAUUAAAGCUGUGGUUGAAACUAUUGUCGAACCUCCUCAACAUGAUGAAUUGGAUGGUAUUACAUUGUUAGAUUGGGAGGAAGAAAAAUUAGUUGAUGAAUUGGCUGCACAAUUUGGUAUUUACAAAGUGGGUAUUACCUUUACAGAUUUGACCGAUUCUGGUAACAAAGACGGUACUGUUUUAUGCAAAAGACACAAGGAUAGUUAUUUCUUGACCAAUUUAGAAAUUAUAAUGGCAAGUAGAUUCCAAUUAAAGUACCCAAAUGUUUCUAAAUAUUCAGGUGAUGGUAAGUUUUCUUCCAAGUUUGUUACCUGUGUUAUAUCUGGUGGUUUGAAAGGAGAAAUUGAACCAAGAUCUUUUCAAGUUUCAAGUAGCGCAGAAGCAUUGGUUAAAGCAGAUAUCAUUACUGGAUGUACCCAACCAUCACAAAUAUAUGUAAAUGAGAGUAAUGAUACAAGAUAUGUUCCAGAUAUUCAAUAUCUGAAGAUUAAUGAGUAUGGAUUGGAAGUGAAAAACAAUGCCAAACCAACUUUCCCAGGUGAGUUCUUGUUGGUAUCAUUAACUGAUUCAUUCCCAGUUGAUCCAAAGCCAAUGCUCCACACAAAUUCUUAUAUUAUUGAGAAUAGAGAGUUCUUGGGCGAAGAAAUCCAGAGUUUAAAGACAUUAUCAGAUUACUUGAAGCAGAACAAUGAUCAAUUGUUUAAUUUCCACUUUAUUUUGCAUUUGGCAAAGCUGCAUAUUUUAGGUGAUGAGGAAAUGAAGUUGCUUAUCAAGUAUGUAAAGAGUAAACAAAUGGAGGAUUACUUGAGAUUAGUUGAAUCCAAUGGUUGGAUGACUCUUAUGACCAUCUUAGAACAUAGUACAUAG